AUGGCGACGAGUACGACGACCCGAAGGUACUCACUCGCCCAGUCGAUACCUGCCCACGUGUUCAACCGCAUCGUUGCGCACCUCUACGAGCUCACACCCGAUGAGAAGUGCGCUGCCAUUGGGUCUUUUGCACGUGUUUGUAGAGCAUGGGAAGAUCACUCCUACCGCCACAUAGUUCUCCGCGGGAGCAUACCCAAUCAUUCAGUGGCCAUGUUGUUCCUCGAAUCGAAUGAGGCGCCGGUUAGGAACCGCUUUUCGGCCACUCUUCUCGUCCUCGAACUGCAGCCCCUCGAUCCUAAGUACAAACCCAAACAAGACAGGACCUGGGCGAUCAAGGUGCGCGAUUCGCAAUUCGACUCCCACGCGCAUCGCGAUACGAUCUGCGGCACUUGCAAAGCCGUCAUUUGCAGCGUUGAGCGCCUCAAGGCCAUUCGGGGUGGUCCGUGCUACCUCGAGUUUGAUCAGGAAAUGGCCGACAAUCUGAAAGGCGAGUGCGCGACGCUCCACAUACCCUGAAGCCAAACUGAUUCUAGGUUCGCUUUUGAGCCGUUUCUUCCGAUCGGACUCGUUUUCUUGACUACCAGAGCUUGUAGAAUUUGAGGUGACGGGUGGGCCGGCACUUCGCCGCAGACCUCGCUCGUUGCCCGCGACGCGGCUCGUCUUGCCGAAUCUGCUCGAAUGGUCAUUCGUCGAGCCCGUCAGCGCCGCGAUACUCAAGCUCAUGUUCAAUCGGUUCGACACUCCGGCGCUCGAAUCGGUCUGGAUCACCUUUAUCGAAAAAGAUCUUGCUCGAGACGCACUGGAUGCACCUCUCCGGCGCUACUUCUCGGCCAACGGCGCUCAUCUCACCCGUUUAACAUUGGGCUGCCUCGCGGAUCUCAAUUCGAUCCAAACCGAGAAUCUUGCCCACAUCUUGCGCCGUGGAUUGUCGCAUUGCCAAGCCUUGGACAUGCUCGUUCUGGCCUUUGGCAACACUUCGUUCAAAUCGAUCGUCGCCAGCAUCCCAGCUUCGAUCCCACUCCGUCGGCUCACGAUCCAAGUGCGAGUUCAGACGAGGGAAAAGUACGUCUCGGUAAGGUCGGCGAAAGAAGCUGUCGAGAUGCUCGCGUUGCCGUCGCUCGCGAGGCUCGAGGUGUUGAAGAUCGAGCAAGUAAUGGUCGUCAGUGCGGUCUUGUACAACCUGCUUCUGAACCCCGACUACGCGUCCGUGUUUCCACUCGUGAUCCCUUUUGGCGCGGUGGAACACUAUCAGUUCCUCCUCAAAUCGCAUUGGGAUCCCCUUCGCCAGCUGUGCGAGCGUCGUCACAUCGAGUUGGGCCUUAGCGUCCUGCCCCAAGACGACAGCCACUCGCCCGAGCACGUCAUCGCCAAUGCAAUGAGCCGCCUCGGGAUCGCAUGA